AUGCCCGGACUCUUCGAUCCCCCUGCGCUCCCGCCGACGAAGCUCGGCCGUCACCGCCAGCUCUCGCCUCUAGCAGGCAUCCACGUCUCCCCCAUUGCGCUCGGUGCCAUGAGCAUCGGCGACAAGUGGGAGGAGUUCGGAAUGGGAACUAUGAGCAAGGAGUCUAGUUUCAAACUGCUCGACGCGUUCUACGAGGCUGGCGGCAACUUUAUCGACACCGCCAACAACUACCAAGACGAGUCCUCCGAAGAGUUCAUCGGCGAGUGGAUGGAGACUCGCGGGAUCCGUGACCAGAUCGUGCUCGCCACUAAGUACACCACCGACUUCAAGCGAGGAAAGACAGAACUCAAGCAGCACUCGGCCUUCGUCGGCAACAAUAUGAAGUCUAUGCUGACCUCCGUCGAGGCGUCCCUCAAGAAGCUGAGGACGUCCUACAUCGAUAUACUGUACCUGCACUGGUGGGACUACAACACCAGCGUCGAAGAGGUCAUGAGUGGACUCCAUCACCUGGUCGCGUCGGGUAAGGUCCUCUACCUGGGUAUUUCUGAUACUCCCGCAUGGGUCGUAUCGAAAGCCAAUACCUAUGCGCGUAUGAGCGGCAAGACACCUUUCGUCAUCUACCAGGGAGCGUGGAACGUCCUCCAGCGGGACUUCGAACGCGACAUAAUUCCAAUGGCCCGUGCCGAGGGGCUUGCGCUCGCGCCCUGGAACGUGCUCGCCGGGGGAAAGCUUCGGACCGACGAAGAGGAAGAGAAGCGUCGCAAGACUGGCGAGAAUGGACGCACUCUCGGGGGAGGGGACUGGGAGAGAAACGAAACGGAACGAAAGGUCUCCAAAGUGCUGGAGGGCAUUGCAAGCCAUGUUGGCGCAAAGAGCAUUCAAGCCGUGGCCAUCGCGUACUUAAUGCAGAAGACGCCGUACGUAUUUCCCAUAGUCGGCGGAAGGAAGGUCGAGCAUCUUCUCGGGAACGUCGAGGCCCUCGACAUCGCUCUCACCGAGGAGCAUGUGAAGCAAAUCGAAGACGCGGUGCCCUUCAAUCCGGGGUUCCCGCACACGAUGAUCGGAAACGGUCUCGAGUACACUGGUCUCAACGUUGCCGCGGGACAUUUCGACAAAUGGCCGCUGCCGCAGCCCAUCCACCCUGGCCGCUCGCAGUAA